UUUGGACCUCAAUUUUCAAUUCUCACACAACUCUCUAUACAUACAUACCAGCUACUCCCUACAUUCAUGCAUCUUCAUUCAUUCAAGGCAAUCCCAACUAUCUCUCUCUCUCUCUCUAAUUAUUUGGAGAAGCAGCAGCAGCAUUGGCAUCCUAUAUACAUGGCAACUGAGAAUCUGACUAUAAUGACACUAAAUGUGAAUCUGGAGUGUAGAUGCUGCUACAAGAAGCUCACCAAAAUUCUUUGCCAAAUUCCCCAAGUUAGAGAUCGAGUGUAUGAUAUGAACAAAAAUCAAGUGAUGAUCACCGUCGACGCGUGCUGCGAUCCAGAGAAAAUUCGUGACAAAUUGUGUAGUAAGGGUCGUAAAGUUAUAAAAAGCAUCAUCAUAUAGUUACUGUCGGUCACGUCAACGGUGAACACGUUAUGCUCGGGAUAUCGUUACGUCGUGGUCCUUCAAGUAUGUUUCAUGAAUUUUUCAUAGGCUCUGGCUUUAGUGUGUAUAAUAUUAAUGUGCUAAGUUUAUUGGCAUUCUAGAUCUGUAUAUCUAUCAAUUGCAAAUAUUUUACUUAAGUUUUGAGUGAAUUGUAGACAUUUCCAAUAAACAGAGAAGUUAACAAAUAAACUUCUUUCUUUU